AUGGUUUCUUGGCACAUUCGUGGUGAAAUGGAUGAAAUCGACGUUGAUCAAAGUUAUGCUGGACAUCCGACAAUGUUUUCAAUAAGAAUGCACCAUGGAGGUGAGUUUACAAGCUUUCCUGGAAGGAAGUAUAUUCGUGGGAAGAAAACAUUUGUUGAUUUACUGGACAUUGAUACCUUUUCCGUUCAUGACAUUGAUGAGAUGAUGGAAGACCUAGGGUAUGCUUCAAUAGGUAAACCACUUUACUAUCACUUUCAAAGGCCUUUAGGCGAUUUAGAUUUUGGGUUAUUCGCUUUAGCUAGUGAUGAAGAUGUUCGUUAUUUGGGGAGUUUUGUGGCUAAGCAUAAGUUAAUUGAGGUAUAUAUAGAGCAUGACAAAACUACUCUGCACACCUAUUUAAUGUCCCCAACCCACAGUAAAGUUCGUAUAACGGAGAUUACUGAACCUCCAUCUUGUUCAAAGACACUGUUCCUGGAGUGGCAUAGCACACCUGCUGUUGACUUGGAGGAUGACAUGGAUCACAUGGAGAAAGAAUCGGGUAAUGAUCCUACACCCACUGGUCAUCUGGAGAAGGAUUUGGGUAAUGAUGCUACUGUCACUGAUCAUAUGGAGAAUGAUUUGGGUAAUGAUGCUACUCUCACUGAUCAUAUGGAGAAUGACUUGGUUAAUGAUGCUAAUGACUUUGGUAAGUUUGGUGAGUUAGAGAGUGACAAUGAUGAAAGUGAUGAUAGUGAUUUUUUUGUGGACAUUGAAAAUAUAUUGGAUGAUAUUAAUGUGGAUAUGCAAGAUUUUGAAAUGAAUAUCGACAAAGAUGUGGAAUGGGUUGGAGGGUCGUCUAACACUGUGGUUGAUGAAGGCACACAGGAUGAAGCUUUAGAGGUGAUUAACACUGACUUUUUAGCAUCUGAUUCAUCAUCAGAUGAGGGGAUUAAUGGUCAAAGAAAGAAAUCAAUAAGAGCAAUUCAAAGGGCACAUGAGAAUGAUGAAGCACUUGUUAGUGAACCCUUCUAUAUUUUUCAAAAAUUUGGUUCAGCAAAGGAGUUUAAGGAUAAGGUAAAACUCCAUGCCAUAGAGACUAGAAGGGAGCUGGCUCUUGAAAAAAAUGACAAGAAUAGAGUGAGAUGGGUUUGUAAGGGAACAAUACCAAAGCUUGGGCCUAAUGUAGAAGUCAACGAUGAAGAAGAAAUAUGUCCUUGGGUCUUAUUAGCUAGUAAAUGGAAAAAAGAUGUCAACUGGACAGUUAAAACGUACAACAAAGUCCAUAAAUGUCUUCAAACUAGAACAGUAAAAGCAUGUACGUAUAAAUUCCUCUCUUCUAAAAUUGUUGAACAGGUUGAAAGUAACCCUACUGUUCCAAUUAGGGCUUUGCAAGAACAGCUACAACGGAGGUUUAAGGUAGAUCUUUCUAGGAUGAAAACAUUUAGGGCAAAAUCUGAGGCUCUAAACCUUGUGCAAGGAGAUUUCGUUACUCAGUAUAGUUUACUCAGAGAUUACAUUGUUGAGUUGCAAACUCGUAACCCAGAUACGACUGUUAGGGUUGAUGUUGAAAGCGAAGGAAAUCCACACAGUGAAACGAGGACAUUCAGACGCAUUUACAUAUGCUUGGGAGCUUUAAAGAAAGGCUUCGCAGCUGGAAAGAGGGAUUUUCUUGGCUUUGAUGGUGCUUUCAUGAAGGGUCCAUUUCCAGGACAAAUUCUUUCAGCCGUGGGACUAGAUGGUAAUAAUGGCACAUAUCCAUUGGCAUAUGCGGUGGUUGAAACAGAGAACAUCAGUUCAUGGACUUGGUUUUUGAGUUGUCUUGGGGAGGAUCUUGGCUUGAAUACCAAUUCUAAUUUCACUUUUAUAACAGACAGACAAAAGGGUAUUCUAAAUGCAAUUGCGGACUUGUUUCCUUGUGCUGAAAAUCGUUACUGUGUUCGUCACAUUCGGGAUAACAUGAGGAAGCAAUGGAGGGGUAAACCUUUCGAAGACCUCUUAUGGACAUGUGCAACUGCAACACAUGUACAACAGUUUAACAAAGGCAUGGAAGAGCUAAAGAAAUUAAACAAGGAUUGUUAUGAGUGGCUUAAGAAGAUACCACCUCAGCACUGGUCUAGGUCCCAUUUCACUGGGAGAGCACAUUCUGAUGUGAUUCUUAAUAACUUGUGUGAAACAUUCAAUGGAAAACUGAAUGAGGGUCGUGAUAAACCAAUUAUUACUUGCCUAGAGUUCAUUAGGGAAUAUCUAAUGAAGAAGAUUGUGAAUGUAGAAAAGGCCAUUGGGAAAUGUACUGGUCCUUUGACACCUACAGCUAUGCAGACUUUGGAAAAUAUAAAAAAAAGGCAGAAGAUUAUAGAUCUGUAUUUUGUGGAAAUGGUAAGUAUCAGGAAAUGGGAACUCACUGGGAUGCCAUGCAAACAUGCUGUUGCUACUAUAUGGGAGAUGAGGAAGAAUAGUAAGGAUGUUGGAAUACCAGAAACUUGGGUGCAUGAGGUAUAUUGGCUAAAAACUUGGAAACAGAUGUACUCAUUCAAAAUUGAGCCCAUUAAUGGGAGAAGCAUGUGGGAAAAGUCUGUGUGUCCAACAACUUUGGUUCCUCCUAAACAUCAUGUCACAAUUGGUAGACCAAAGAAGAAACGCAGAAAAUCAGCUUAUGAAAUUGAUGACAUGGUGAAGGGUAAUAGUGCAUCAAGAAUCCUUCAGUCGGUUACUUGUUCAAAGUGCAACAACAUUGGUCAUAAUGCAAGGAGUUGUAAGGGACAAAAAGCUAGUGCUCCUAGUGGUUCUGGUGGUCCUGGUGGUUCUGGUAAGGGAAAAGGAAAAGCUGGUUGA